AAGAAAACGCAUUUUCAAACAAAAUGGCGUGCGUUUAGGUUGUGUGUUACUGUUAUAUAUUUUUAGUUUUUACAAAUUCUACAAGCUGUUGACCUGACGUUGAGGUUAAAUGGGGCGGUCGCCGAGCCCGCGGCGCCGUGACGACAGAAGAGAACGUCGCGACAGACCUGACAGAGACCGGGACCGCGACCGAGACCGCGACAGGCGGAGACAGAGGACUCGGUCCCGCUCGCGGUCCUUAGACAGGCGAAGACGCUCUCCCGAACGUAGGAGGUCGCCGUCGCCUAGAAGACGACGGUCUCGAUCCAUAUCGCCGACUCCAACCUCAUCCUUCGUCCCCAAACCGAAAAAAAACUUCAGCGAGCGACCGAUAGUCACCCCCGCCGAUUUGGAGGGAAAAACUCCCGAAGAGCAAGAGAUGCUCAAAGUCAUGGGUUUCUGCGGCUUCGACACCACUAAAGGUAAGAAAGUUGAUGGAAACGUCGAAGGUGACGUCCAUGUAGUCCUAAAAAGGAAGUACAGACAGUAUAUGAACAGGAAAGGUGGGUUCAACAGGCCGCUGGACUUUGUCGCGUAAUGGUAAUGCACAACCUAUUUAGUCCAUGUUGGUCAGACCUGCAGGGUCUUUGUGAUACUAGUUGUUUAAAGCUUGUUAUAUGAACGUUAACCAUGUUUGGAUGAUGUGUUUGUUCAAAUGUGGCCAUAUUUUGACAUGCCCACCAUUUUUAAUAUGCCAAUUUUAUGGUAUUGUAGUAAAUUUUGUUUAAAUGUGGCACUAUUUUGAUGUGUCCAGCAAUUUUUUCAUGCCAAUUUUAUGGUAUUGAACUUACGCUAGUAGCUAGAUGGCUAUUUCAAUGUUCACUGGUAAACUAACAAUUCCACAAAACUGAGACUUAAAUACUACAUACAAGAAGUAUGUAUUGAUGCAAUAGCAUGGCAAACAAAUUAGGUAAAUUCAGUUUGACUUGUGUUUCAUUGUAUGAAAUGGGUUUUCUCUUGUUAGUUUUACAAGAUGGGCUAAAAGGGUUUAUUAAAAGCAUUUCUCUUAUUUUUUUAUUCCAAAUGUUACAAUAAAUUAAAGUUAGCCUUAUCUAAUAACUUAAAAUCAUGCCUUCAUGCAAUAGUGCUAAGAAUACUGGCUGCAUUUCCAUGUUGGACAGCCAGGCUAACUCUUUACACAAAAUAUAAGCCAAAAGUAUUGUAAUGUACAAAUUAAGUUCAUGUCAACAAGCUUUAAAAACAUUUUUACUUAGUAUUAAGCGUUAACUGUUUCCAUUUUUUGAAACUCAACAUAUUUUGAGUUUUGGCUGUGAUAUAUAGUUUAGAAAUCUGCAUUCACAGAUUUUGAAAUGAAUAGACAUUACACUGUUCAAAUACUAUUACAGUCUGUUCAGAGUUAUUUUAGCUCUAUAUAUUGGCACUUGGUUUAACAGUGAAGGAAAAUGU